GCGUGAUACAAAAUUGUUCUUCUUUAAAUAGUUGUCAGUUUCGCCACACUUGCCAUAUGGCAAAAGUAGAAAGUUGUAAAUUUUUGUACACCCCUGUAUGGCAUACGGCACAUACACAAUGCAUAUUCUAUUUUGAUGUCAGUCAAAUUCGUUGCCGCAACGGACGGAACGAACCCAUUGUGAUGGGCCCAUAUGUAGUGUGCCGUCAUUAAUGUGUUUAUACUAUAAUGUUAGCCAAAUUUGACAGCUCUGGCAGCGAAAGAGUUGAAAAGAGCCUAGUAAGAAAAUAAUAAACAACCGAGAAUUUUACACCCAUUCGGUUUGGUUAAAAAACUAAUAAUAGAAAAUAAGAAGUACUUUUAUUACUAUUGCUUGACUCUAAACAGGCUGAUCGUGUAGAUAUGGCCAAUAGUUAUGAUAUACCAAGCUGGGCUGGUAAACCACCUACCGGUUUGCAUUUGGAUGUUCUCAAAGAAGAUAAACUUGUGCAAAAACUGAUGGUGGAUGAAAAGCGAUGCUACCUCUUCGGACGCAAUAGUCAAAUGAAUGAUUUUUGUAUUGAUCACGCCUCCUGUUCGCGCGUACAUGCAGCCUUUGUGUACCACAAACACUUGAAUAUUGCCUAUUUGGUGGAUUUGGGCUCAACACAUGGUACGUUUAUUGGCACAUUACGCCUGGAGCCUCACAAGCCGACGCAGUUACAAAUAAAUAGCACCUUUCAUUUCGGAGCUUCUACGCGGCGUUACAUCCUUCGAGAACGCCCUUCGGCUGGUCAACGCAAUAGCAUUAUGGAGGAUUUACCCAUGAGUGAAACAAGUGACGGAGCGUUGCUUGGUUUGCCUGAAAGUCAAACCGAGCUGGAUAAUCUUACCGAAUACAAUACUGCACAUAACCGGCGUAUUUCGAUGCUGGGUAUUGCAGAUGACAAUUUGCGAAAGCAAAAUGCAGCAAAACAGAGUGGUCGAAAACGCCGGAAUGUCACUUUCAACGAUGAAGAAAUCAUAAUUAAUCCAGAAGACAUAGAUCCAACGGUCGGGCGUUUCCGAAAUCUGAUUCAAACAACCGUUGUACCGACGAAACGAGCUCGCUUUGACUCUGGUGGUCAAAUGGGCAUCCAAAAUUCGCCCAACAAUGGUACUAUAUUAUCAAAUGCUGCAUUAUCCUCGGCCAGCUCUAGCGGUCAUCAAAUGUUCCAGCAAAGUUUAGCUGAACUAAAACAACAUGUGGGAGCAGCACCCCUCUCACCUACUUCUCUUUAUCAAGGACUGCCAGCAUCCAUACAUGACACUCUUCCGAACUCCAGUUUAAAAUUCAACAAUAGCAACACAGAUUUCGAUAUCACCCCAAUUGCCAUGGGCACAAAAUUGGGUUUGUUGCUGCCCAACCCAGCCCCUGAUGUAACACCCAUCGUUACUGAAGCAUCGCCUAUUAAACCUUUAACAAUACAGGGCGCUGCGCAGAAGUUAGGGCAAGCCAAUGCAAACUUACGCUUCGAUCCACAUGCCGUUGGUGGCUCUGCUGCGUCAGAAAGUGGUGGACAUGGACCGCAAAAGAAAAAGUAUGCCAAAGAGGCAUGGCCUGGUCGGAAACCAAUGUUGGGACAGCUUUAAUAGAUAUACAUAUAUUGUAUGUACGCUUGAAUAGUAAACGUUUUUUGUUUAUGGAUUAUACGAAAUGAAAAGUAAAAGCCUGAAAUUAAAGAAAAAACGUUUUUCGUUUUUUGCCAUAUGUCCGUAAAC